AUGCGCUCCAUUUUGAUGCUUGCCCUGUUCGGCUUUGUGCUGCUCUCCACAACAGCCACAGCUGAAGAAACUGAGCAGACGGAUGAUAUAGAUAUUGCAGAGGAAAAUUAUGAUGAACUCAAGGAUGCUGAAGAAUACAAAGAUGAUCUGGAUUACAAAGAGGAUGAAGAUUACAAAGAUGAUCUGGAUGACAAAGAUGAUGUAAAUGAAGAAGAUGACAAACUUGAUGAGGACGACAAAGAUGGUUUGGACUAUGCACAGGACGAAUAUGAUGCUGAUUCGUUUUACCCUGAAGAAACACAAAAAUCAGAGCCUUCUGAAUAA